GAAUUAUGUUCUCUGUCCCAGUAUUUAGAUUUUGCUGAAUUUGAAGAAACCCUGAAGACAUUUUCAAAAGAAUGCAAAGUAAAAGGAAAGCCACUGUGUAAAACUGCAAGUGGGUCAUUGAAGAAGGACUCCACGUCACUGAUGAUCCAGAAGGAUUUGGUGGCAGCGUUUGACAGCGGAGACCAGAAGCUGUUCUUCGAUUUGUGGGAGGGACACGUUCCCAGCUCCAUCAGAGACACUGACUCCCUGGCCCAGAAGCUGGAGUUCUACCUUCACAUCCAUUUUGCCAUCUAUCUUCUGAAGUACUCUGGAGGCAGGCCGGACAAACAGGAGCUAGAUGAGAGGAUUUCUUAUUUCAAAACCUACCUGGAAACCAAAGGGGCUGCCCUGAGCCAGACCACAGAGUUUCUCCCCUUCUACGCCCUCCCCUUUGUGCCCAAUCCUAUGGUCCACCCUUCAUUUAAAGAACUCUUCCAGGAAUCUUGGACUCCAGACUUAAAGCUGAAGCUGGAAAAGUUUUUAGCUUUAAUUUUUAAAGCCAGUAACACGCCAAAACUUGUAACCAUCUAUUCCCAGAAGGAGAACGGACAGAAUAGCAAAGAAAUGCUGCAGCAGCUCCACCAGCAGCUGGUGGAGGCCGAGCGCCGGUCCAUGACCUACCUCAAGCGGUACAAUAAGAUCCAGGCCGACUACCACAACCUCAUCGGGGUCACAGCCGAGCUGGUGGAUUCUCUAGAGGCGACAGUCAGCGGCAAGAUGAUCACCCCCGAGUACCUGCAGAGCGUCUGCGUCCGCCUCUUCAGCAACCAGAUGCGGCAGAGCCUGGCACACAGUGUGGACUUCACAAGGCCUGGGACGGCCUCAACCAUGUUACGAGCCUCUUUGGUACCUGAGAAGUUGAAGGAUGUCCCAUUACUGCCCUCCCUGGAUUAUGAGAAACUGAAGAAGGAUUUGAUCUGGGGCAGUGACCGCUUGAAAGCCUUCUUGUUGCAGGCUCUGCGCUGGCGCUUGACCACGUCCCACCCUGGAGAGCAGAGGGAGACAGUCCUGCAAGCCUAUGUCAGCAAUGACCUCUUGGAUUGUCACAGCCACAACCAGAGGAGCGUGCUGCAGCUGCUGCACUCCAAGAGCGAGGCUGUGCGCCAGUACAUGGCCAGGCUCAUCAAUGCCCUGGCGUCCCUGGCUGAAGGUCGACUCUACCUAGCCCAGAACACAAAGGUACUCCGGAUGCUGGAGGGAAGGCUGAAGGAGGAAGACAAGGAUGUCAUCACUCGUGAGAAUGUCCUUGGGGCCUUACAGAAGUUCAGCCUCAGGCGCCCACUGCAGACUGCGAUGAUUCGUGACGGCCUCAUCUUCUGGCUGAUCGACCUUCUGAAGGAGCCCGACUGCCUGUCUGACUACACACUGGAGUACUCUGUGGCUUUGCUUAUGAACCUCUGCCUUCGAAGUGCAGGAAAGAACACGUGUGCUAAAGUGGCGGGACUCGUGCUGAGAGUCCUUUCAGACCUCCUUGGCCAUGAGAACCACGAGAUACAGCCAUAUGUGAAUGGAGCCCUGUACAGCAUCCUUUCCAUCCCGUCCAUUCGGGAGGAGGCCAGAGCCAUGGGAAUGGAGGAUAUCCUGCGAUGCUUCAUCAAAGAAGGCAGCGCCGAAAUGAUCCGCCAGAUAGAGUUCAUCAUCAAGCAGCUGAAUUCCGAAGAUUUACUGGAUGGUGUUCUUGAAUCCGAUGAUGAUGAAGAUGAAGAUGAUGAAGAGGAUCAUGACAUCAUGGAAGCUGACCUGGACAAAGAUGAACUGAUCCAGCCCCAGCUUGGCGAACUCUCAGGAGAGAAGCUUCUAACCACGGAGUACUUGGGAAUCAUGACCAACACUGGGAAGGCUCGGCGCAAAGGGCUGGCCAGUGUGCAGUGGAGCGGGGGUGAGCCCCUGCGUCGGCCCGUCACCCCUGGCGGCCACAGGACGGGGUGUCCAGUGCUGGGAGACCAUCUUGCUUCUCCCCAGAAUGCCCACCGAGCCAGAAAUAGCUGUCUGCAGGCCUUAGCAGCCCCUCAGCCGGACACCUGCAAAGAGGGCAGACCAGGUGUCACUGGGCGUGGCACAUCCUCUUCAACAGUUAUGAAUUCCAAGCCAAGAGAGUGGUUGUUACCUGGACAUCAAGAAGAGCCUCGCUUGAUCCCCACAGCAGCCCCCAGCUGGCUGAAGGACGUGAACCAGGACCCAAGCAGUGGACAUACCACCAGGGAAUUCGCGUCAGCUUUCACCUUCAAGCCCCGGGUACCCAGUACUCCAGAGACCAUGGAACUGAACACACUCAAGGCGAAAGCAUCGUCUCUGGCCCCGCAGGUCUCCUCAAGUGGUCCCCAACAGGCCAGCCGCCCAGCCUCCACAGCAUCCUCCACGAGGGGCCUGCACACUCUGGCUUCUCUCCUCCAGGCAGUCAGUCCUACAGGAAGUGAAGAUGGCUUCUUUCCCAAGCUCACUGUCACGUGUCUGAUGACCCAUCGACUUCUGGUUCUCUACCAGCAGCUGCAGGGGAUGGAUGUGAAGAGACACUUGUCUCUGAGAUCCUGGGUGUGGAGGAUCCCAGGAAUGCCAGCCCCUCCAGGCUGCCCAGGCGUGAGGCGGUCAGAGCACCACUAUCCAGGCACCGUCUCCUCAGACCGAGCCAUGGGAGGAGGGUUGGGAGAGGCCUGGACUGCCCUCCUGGUGAGAAGAGGUUACCUGGUCAUCCUUUGCGCCCAGAGGAGAAAAAGGGGUAGCCUUUGACCUCAAAACACUUUGUGGUCACAGGGAAUGGCAAAUUCCAGACUCAGCUUCCCUGGCCUUCGUAGAGUCUAAGCUAGACAUGAAGCACACCAUCGAGCCAUCCAGACGGAGAAGGCUAUACCAGAAGAGCCUUUUCCCAGAUGCUGGGCCAGGGUGGCUGGUGAAAGGUGACUCCUCACUCCUCACAUGAACCAACUACCAGCCAAUAAGGAGCUCAGGGGAGCCUCGUUCUCAGAGGCUCAGCCUCAGCCAGGGUGUUUGCAGCCUCUAAAUCAGUGGUUCCCUUCGGGGAGGGGGGGGUCAAAUGACUUUUUCACAGUGGUCACAUAUCAAAUAUCCUGCAUAUCAGAUAUGAUUAUGAUUCAUAACAAUAGCAAAACUCAGUUAUAAAGUAGCAAUGUUAUGGUUGGGGGUCAGCACAACCUGAGCACCUAUUGGACAGGGCACAGCAUUAGGAAGGGCGAGAACCACGGCUCUAAACUCCGAGGAAAGAUAUAACAUUGCCGGAGAUGGGAUGAAGGGGACGGGGAAAAGAUGUGGACACACUGCUCAUGUAAAAGUUCUGAAAAAAUAAAUUUAAAAACAAGACUAUGCUAUGGGCCCAGGGAUGUAGCUAUGGGGUAGAGUGCUCGCCUAGCAUGCAAGCCCUGGCUUCCAUCUUUAGUACCAGAGACCAUACGUGGUCAUACUCACCCGUCACUCAGCACUCAGGACGGGGAGCCAUGGGACUGAGAAGUUCAAGAUCAUCCUGUGCUACAUAGUGAGUUUGAGGCCAGCCUGGGCUACAUGAGACCUGGUUUUUAGAAGAAGGAUAAGGUGUGAUCUAGAAUACAAAGUAGACUCAGGCUCCUCAAACAGUUGUUUGGGUUUCUGUGGUUGUUUUCAGAUUGGUUGGUUUUAUGUAUCUUGACCUGAAAUCUUUGUGUGUGCACCUGUGUGUGCCUGGUGCCCACAGAGGCCAGAAGAAGGUCUCAGAAGCCCUCACACUGGAGUUAGAGGGGGCUGUGAGCCACUUUGUGGUCCCUGGGAAUGGCACGGCCUCUGCAAGACCAGCAAAUGCUCUUAGCCACUGAGCCAUCUCCAGCCCCCUGUACAUCUGUAAAGGGCUUAGAAAUGUGGCCAGCUUGACCUGUCUCCUGCCCCACCCGGGUCUGGCCGUCACAUCUCUCUCCAAUACUCCAGAAAUAUGUGCCUCUCUCUGCACUUAAGGCCUGAAGCGCCUGCUGACCUCCUAGCUCUGCCUGUGGAUGUCCAAAGUAAGGGUGUCUGAAGGGCACACAGCGUGUGGCAGAGGACUCUGGUGUCAAGUCACUGUGAUGGGACCUGGGGAUGAACUGCUAAGGAGCAUCAUGGAGAAGGCACUCCACCACACCAGCCAACGCCCCCGAGAUUCCACAGGUGCCAGUGCCUGGCACAGCCUUUCCCUGCCUGGCGUGGGAGCAGCAGACACCCAGGCCGGCGAGAGUCAUCUUUUCAGGCCCCCACCCGGGUGGAAGUCAGGCUGCUCGUCUGUUGUCUGGGGAGGAGAAGAGGUGCUCUUUUAGAGGGACGAGGGAAUCCUCUGAGGGCUCAGCACACUGAGAUCACCGAGCAAGGAGUGGGUUGUUCUCUGGGAAUGUAAGCAUUACCGUUAGUGCUCUUCAAGGCUGCUCGAAGCACACACUUGGACACCCCACAACUGAAACCAGCAAUAGGCCUGGUUUUAAUAGGUUCCCCUGUGUGACCCAGGCUGGCCUGGAACUUGCUGUCUCCAAACCCCAGAUCCGCCUGCCUGACCCUUUUUAAAAGGUUUGACAACUUGGGUCUCGAUAGACGCUCAGUGGUUAAGAGUGUGUACCGAUCUCGGAGAGGACCUCAGGGCCAGCACUCAUACGGCCAGGCCCCUCGCAUACACACAUUCAUACAUGUAAUUGAAAAUAAGAUAGAGCUUUUGAACAACUUUUUCAUAAAUAAUCAAGUACUCCAAGUGUCUGCUUGCCCUGCCGAGACUGGAGAUGAACCCAGUCUACAGGGGGGAAAAUCAAAUAAAACAUUUGCUUGUUUGUUUGUUUUUCGAGACAGGUUUUUCUAUGUAGCCCUUAGCUGUCCUAGAACUUGCUCUGUAGACCAGGCUGGCCUCAAACUCAGAGAUCCGCCUGCCUCUGCCUCCUUAGUGCUGGGAUCAAAGGUGUGCACAACCACCACCCAGCUCAAAUAAAAUAUUUUAAUUUCAUUUAUUUAUUAUUAUGCAAAUAUGUGGUCUGUGAGUGAGUACAGGUUUUCCAGUUGCCAUGGUACACACGUGGAGGUCAGAGAUCAACUUCGUGGGGUCACUUCUCCUUCCCCUAUACGUGAGUUCUGGGGAUUGAACUGGGAUCAUCAAGCUUGUAAAACAAGGGCUUUUUCCAGCUGAGCCGUCUCUCCAGCCCCAGCAAGACUUUCUAAAAAGUAGUCUGGACGUCCAAACCAGGAGCGGUGGCGCACACCUUCAGUCCCUGCUCUUGGAGGCAGAGGCAGAUGGAUCUCAAUGAGUUCAAGGCCCACUUGGUCUACCAAGCAAAUUCCAGGCCAGCCAGAACUACACAGUAAGACCCUGUUUCCAAAAGAAAGUAAUCUGUGGAGGGUUAGUCAUGUGGCGCCUAAAAAAUGCCAGUGACUGAGGAGGACAUUGGAGGACUUCUGAAAGAAUGGGGACCUCAGGUGGCUUAGAGGAGCCUCCGUCCUGGAAGCUGAGCCCAGCUCUGCGGCCCCAUGGCAGUUCCUUCUAAGCAUUGAUCCCCCCCACCCCAAUUUUCUUGAGACAGGGUUUUUCUGUGUAGCCCUGGCUGUCCUGGAACUCACUAUUUAGAUCAGGCCGGCCUCAAACUUGGAGAUCCACAUGUCUCUGCCCCCCAAGUACUGGGAUUAAAAAUAUCACCACUUUUUAAAAGUUUGUGCCCAACUCAAAGUAUGAAUAAAUAAAUAAAUAAAAGGAAGUCUGACCCUGCACUUGUAUGACACUACCUGCUUGCCUAGUCCUAAUCCUGGUCCCUGUUACAACAAAACUUCAUUUAUAAAGUAAGCAGCUAGGCACAUGGGCAAGUUUCCUUAUUUGACUUUUUUUUUCUUUUGGUUUUUUUUCGAGACGGGGUUCCUCUAUGUAGGUUGGGUGCCUGUUCUGGAACUCACUCUAUAGACUAGGCUGGCC